AUGGUGUCUUUCGAUCCUUCCCUUACCUUCAACCAUACCUGUCUCAGGGUUAAAGACCCUAAGGUCAGUAUCGAGUUCUACGUCAAGAACUUUGGCCUCGAAUUGUUGAAGAAGCUCGAUUUCCCAGAAAAGAAGUUUACUCUUUACAUUUUGGCCCUCAAUUACCCAGGAAACAAGGGCUACAACAAGAAUUGGGCUGAGAGAGAAGGGGUAUUGGAACUCUGCCACAAUUACGGCUCAGAAUCCGACCCUAACUUCAAGAUCAACAAUGGUAAUGCCGAUCCUCACAGAGGGUUUGGCCACAUUUGCUUUACUGUCGACAACAUCAACGCUUGCUGUGAUGCCUUGGAGUCUUCUGGGGUUAGUUUCAAAAAGAAGUUGACCGAUGGUAGACAAAAGGAUAUUGCUUUUGUUCUUGAUCCAGAUGGAUACUGGGUGGAAUUGAUCAACAACAAGGCUAUCCAACCGGUGGAAUACAAGACCGAAAUUUCCACUUACAAAUUCAACCAUACCAUGAUUAGAGUCAAAGAUGCCAAAAAAUCCUUAGAUUUCUACCAAAACGUUUUGGGGAUGUCUCUUGUUGACACUUUGGAAUUCCCUGCUGCGAAAUUCACUUUGUACUUUUUGGGUUACGAAUUUGACGACCAUAGUAAAGGUAAACAUUUCUCCAGCAGACAAUCGCUUUUGGAAUUGACUCACAACUGGGGUACUGAGGACGAUCCUGAUUUCUCUUAUCAUAACGGUAAUGACGAACCAGCCGGGUACGGUCACAUUGGGGUUUCUGUCAAGGAUCCUGCCAGCAUGUGUAAGCAAAUCGAAGAAGAAUACCCAGAAGUUCAAUGGGUGGCCAAAUAUGGUUCAUUUUUCUUGAACAAUAUUGCUUUUGUUAAAGAUCCAGAUAACUACUGGAUCGAAAUUCUCCCACUGAACUUAAUGGCAGAAACUCACGAUUGCCCGGGUUGUAGUGGUGAAUUGAAAGAUGAAAACAAAUAA